AUGGAGGGUCUAUUUGCACUGGGCUCGAACGGCUCCGGCCAGCUGGGCAUCGGCCAUCUCGAGGAUGUCUCUGUGCCGAAGCAGGUCGAGUUUGAUCCAAGUGAUUGGGCGCCCACGGCUGAAGACCCAGUCUGCAAGAUCGCUGCUGGAGGAAACCACACCAUAUUGCUCACAACGUCAGGCCGGACAUACUGGAGCGGCGACGCCAAGAAUGGUUGUGCAGGCCAGCUAGACUCGACAAUCUCGCCAACUUCAGCCAGGUUUCGACCAGUCACCCUCUCGGAUAAGGCGGAGAUGCAACCGAGGGUUAGCCUCAUUGCCUGUAUGUGGGCUUGCUCGAUAUUCGUCACCACGGAGGAACAGGGCGAGGCGCAGAAGGUGUACACAUUUGGGGAGACUGUUGGCACUCCGACUCUUCUCGAGAACUUCCCGCCAUCAGGCACUACCAUCACUGACCUGGAUGCAAGCUUUCGGCACGCCGUCUUCGUUUUAUCAAAUGGCGAGGUUUAUGGGUACGGGACAGGCACAAAGGGCCAGCUCGGGCCCAUGAACGACCUGCCCCGGGCGAUCACAAGUGUGCCGCGCAAGAUCAGUGGUGUCAACUUCGAAGUCAGUCGUGCAGUGUGUUCUCAAUUUGCUACAUGUUUCAUCUCUGAGCCAGGCGACGGCAGAGUGCUCGUGCUGGGAGCCGACAAAUGGGAUCUUGUCACCUCUGCGCCUGUCGCCGUCCCAGAUUGGAAGGCCAUCUCAGCGAGCUGGGGCAAUUUCUAUAUCCUCAAGUACGGCGGCACCAUUGUAGCUUGGGGUAGAAAUGACCAUGGCCAGCUACCGCCGCCGGACCAUCCAAGCAUCACGGACAUCGCAGCUGGGAGCGAGCAUUGCCUUGCACAGACGACAGAGGGAGACGUCCUGGCUUGGGGCUGGGGUGAACACGGCAAUUGUGGCCCAUCCACUGAUGGUCCUACGGGCAAUGUCAGUGGUCGCUGGAACACACUUGCUUCGCUGAGCCACUUACCAGCAACUUCCCGCUUCACGCUCAUCGGUGCAGGCUGCGCCACGAGCUGGAUCAACAUCGCAACAGAUGGCCUUUUCAUCUGA